CUGCUAUUAUGUAUUGUGUCAGAUUUUAUCAAUAUUAUUAAUUUUCUAUUGUAAUGUAUUUGUUUGUAUAAAUAGAUUUAUUUUAGAAGUUUUAUCUCAUAACUUUUAAUAAGUAAGCAGAAUGUCGAGAGCGAUGGAUGAUGAUGACGAUGACGUAUUCGGAGGUAUUUAUGAAAAUGGACACUGGAUUUGGGAUGAUAAAGUGAAUGCACUCGUGUUCAAAAGUGACCUGCCCGAGGAACCACCAGACGCUCCACAAUUGGCUACUGCUAUCCUUGGCUCAGUGGAGUUCAGGGAAGAUAUCGACAUUAAUGAACAAAAUCGAUUCAGAAAACGUAUGCAACGGAAGCCCGAACCCAACGAUGUGGUUACUCUUCAGGACAUAAAAGAUGUAGUCCUGUUCACUGCUCCAAUCAAAAUAUUAAAACCAUAUUUGAUAAACCUACUGCACAUGACGGGUACCGAGCGAAUAUUGCGAGGUCUCAUUUUCUUGUGUCAAUACCAUUUGCAGACUUCGGAAACAAUGAACAACCGUACGAUUGAACUUUUGUCAAGAAUUCGGACGGACAGAAGCGAAAUAGUAGAAAUGCGUUACAUGGAAAAUUUAGAAGACCUACGCCUACUUGUAGCUAAAGAAUAUUCAAACAUGAUAAAUGGUUCUGGUGAAUUCGAAAAAUUCCAUCACAUGGGCCCAUCUAAAAAGAUGCGAUCAUGAAUAGACGAGAGAGCUUCUUGUUUGAGACCUUCCUACGACUCAGCAUACAGAUCAUUUGGAUAGCACUGGGCAGAAAAUCGUUCAACGAAAUUGAAUUGGAAGUCCAUAGAAUAUUUAAGUCGAAUUUAUUCAAUUCGGCGGAACAUAAAUUGACUGCUGAGAGUAAAAAAGCAGACAUCACCCCUCAUGAACGCAAAGUGUUGAUGGGUCACUGUAUACGUAAGAAGCAUAAAGUGGACAUGCUGUCACCUCUGAUGAAUGAGGUGCACUGUAGCAAGCGCAAUAUUGACCACCGUAUGUUCGGCCUUGGUAUUGUCAAGUAUCCUCGUUUAAGUUCUCGCCUCACUUACAUGGAAUGUGCUUUAUCACUGCCGGAAAACUUGUUGCAACCCACCCAAAUCUCAUUGGGGAUACUAGGGUUGCCAAGAUCACGGUUCGAUAUUUUAUUGAGAGAACUGUGUGGAGAAGAGAAUCCAGCAGUGGCAACCUUAAUAAAUCGAGUUCGAGAAGUACAAAAAGUGCAACUUCUCGAAAGAAAUCAACACUGGAGCAGGUGCCAAUGUACAGCAGCAUAGAGUUACCUCCUAGGGCGCUG